CUUACAUAGUUUAUCAUAAAUUUCUUCAUUUUGUCUUCAUACCUUUCUCCUGUAUGAUUCUUCUUGUAAGUUAUGUCCCUCCCUCAUUCUUUCUUGCUCAUGUACAUUCUCUCCUGCACAGACAGUGUGAGGCUGGUGAAUGGUAGCAGUCAGUGUACUGGUAGAGUGGAGGUUCUUCAUAGAGGACAGUGGGGAACAGUGUGUGAUGAUAACUGGAAUAUUAAAGCUGCUGCAGUUGUGUGUAGAGAGCUGGGUUGUGGAGAAGCUGUAGAUGCGCUGCAUCAGUCUCACUUUGGAUCUGGAUCAGAAUUAAUCUGGAUGGAUGAUGUGGUCUGUAAAGGAUCAGAGUCUACCCUGAAGAACUGUGCCUCAGCAGAGUUUGGCAUUCAUGAUUGUGAUCAUAAUAAACAUGCUGGAGUCAUCUGCUCAGAAGUCAGACUGGUUGGUGGUUCUCGCUGCUCGGGGAGAGUAGAGGUGCUUCACGGGAUGACCUGGGUUAGAGUGUGUGAUGCUGACUUCAACAACCAGGACGCAGAGGUUGUGUGUCGGGAGCUGGGCUGUGGGCCUCCUGUGGAGGUGCUGGGAGCAGCUAGCUUUGGCAUGGGUGAGGUGCAGGAGUUGACAAAGGAAUUUCAGUGCAGAGGCAGCGAAUCUCAGAUUCAUUUAUGUCCAAGGUCUACACUGACACACAACUGCUCCCAUUCUAAUUAUGUGGGGCUUGUGUGUGCUGAGGGUGUGAAGCUGGUGGAUGGUGGAAGUCAGUGUGCUGGUAGAGUAGAGGUUUUCUAUAGAGGACAGUGGGGAACAGUGUGUGAUGAUAGCUGGAAUAUGAAAGCUGCUACAGUGGUGUGUAAAGAGCUGGGCUGUAGCGAGGCCAUCCAUGCACCGGGUAAUGCACACUUUGGAGAGGGAACCGGACCAGUCUGGAUGGUUGUUGGAGACUGUAGUGGGUCAGAGUCUACACUAAAGAAUUGUUUAUCAGGAGAAUGGGGUGAAGAUUACUGUAGCCAUGACCAUGAUGCUGGGGUUAUCUGCUCAGGAGUCAGGCUUAUUGGUGGUUCUCAUUGCUCUGGGAGAGUGGAGGUGCUUCAUGGGAGGAACUGGGCCACAGUGUGUGGUGCUGACUUUGGCCAGCAAGAUGCAGAGGUUGUGUGUCGAGAGCUGGGCUAUGGGUCUCCUGUAGAGGUGCUGGGGUCAGAUGCUUUUGGAAGAGGUGAUGGCCAGGUGUGGCAAAAGAAGCUUCAGUGCGGAGGCACAGAGUCUCAGAUUCGUUUUUGUCCAACAUCUUCGCUCGAACUCAACUGCUCCCAUUCCAAUGAUGUUGGACUGGUGUGUGCUGCUGGUGUGAGGCUGGUGGAUGGUGGCAGCCGGUGUGCAGGAAGAGUGGAGGUCUUGCAUAGAGGACUCUGGGGAACAGUGUGUGAUGAUAACUGGAAUAUGAGAGCUGCUGCAGUGGUUUGUAGAGAAUUAGGCUGUGGGGAAGCUGAGGACACACUUUUUAAUGCUCACUUUGGCCCAGGAUCAGGGCCAAUCUGGAUGGAUGUGUACUGUACAGGAUCAGAGUCUACCCUGAAGAAUUGUGGGUCAAGUAAGUGGGGUGGACAUAACUGUCAUCAUGAUCGAGAUCCUGCAGUCAUUUGUUCAAGUCACAGAAAACCCAGACUUACAGAUGGCCCUCAUGAGUGUUCUGGGAGAGUAGAGGUGCUUCAUGGAAAGACGUGGGCAACAAUGUGUGACGAUGAAUUUGACCAGCAGGAUGCAGAGGUUGUGUGUCGGGAGUUGGGCUGUGGACUUCCUGUGGAGGUGUUGAGGGCAUCUGCUUUUGGCAAAGGGAAGAGCCAGGUGUGGAUAAAGGAGCUUCAGUGCAGAGGCAACGAAUCACAGAUUUAUUUCUGUCAAGGAUCAUUUACACUCGAACACAACUGCUCCCAUGAAAAUGAUGUGGGAUUAAUAUGUUCUGGUCAUACAGAUGCACGGCUGGUGAACAGCUUAGACUCCUGUUCUGGUCGAGUUGAGCUCAAAUACCUCAGCGACUGGGGGACCGUUUGUGCUGUAAACUGGAAUAUGAGAGCUGCCAAUGUCCUCUGUGGACAGCUGAACUGUGGAAGUGCUGUGGCUGUGUUGGAAUCUGACUGGUUUGGGGCAGGAAAUGGCCAGAUCUGGGCUGACAUGUUUAAUUGUCAGGGGAAUGAGACACAUCUGUCACAGUGUCCAAUUUCAUCAUGGAAUCGAGUUGCUUGCUCUCAUAAACAAGAUGCUGGAGUCAUUUGUAAUGGUUCAUCAUUGGCAUUUCAUGAAGGACAAGUGCGGUUGUCUGGAGGGAGUGAAUGUCAGGGGGAGGUGGAGGUUUAUUUCAUGCAGGACUGGAGGAGAGUUCUCCUGCACUUUUGGGGUCUGUCUGAGGCCUCUGUGGUGUGCAGACAGCUGGGUUGCGGCUCUGUGCUUAGCUACAAUUCUGCUCUUUCCAAAACUGAACAUAGCAACAUGUGUGCAGUAGGUUUUAGUUGCUCUGGAAGUGAAGCACAUCUGGGGAACUGCCGCAGUGCACAGCCUGUCACCUGCGGCUCAAGAGAACAGCUGUCAAUUACCUGCUCUGGUGUUUUUAACCGAGCUCACAGCUCUAUUAGGCUGGUUGGUUCCAGAGGAGAUUGUGCAGGAAGGCUUGAGGUUUUUUACAAUGGCUCAUGGGGGACGGUGCGGAAUGACUUGUGGGAUAUUGAGGAUGCACAGGUGGUAUGCAGACAUCUGCAGUGUGGUGUAGCUCUCAGCGACCAUGUUCUAUCCUGGUUUGGUCCUGGAACUGGACCUGUAUGGCUGAAUCAGGUGGAGUGCAAGGGAAAAGAGGUAGCUCUGUGGGACUGCAGCUUUCAGUUCUCUGGAGAAGAUGAAAGUGGACACCAGGAAGAUGUAGGAGUUGUGUGCUCAGAGUUCAAAGAGAUCAGACUUACUGAGGGCUGUAAGGGGAAUCUGGAAGUCUUUUACAAUGGAACUUGGGGUAAUGUGUGUGAAAAUGCGAUUGAUAAAGACACAGCAAGUUUAAUCUGUCGAGAACUGAAUUGUGGAAGAACGGGCAAAGAGUACUUGUCCAAAACCAGACUGAAAUCUGCUCCUAACUGGCUGGAUGAUCUGAAAUGUAGGAAGCAUGAUGCCACUCUGUGGCACUGUCCAUCUUCACCCUGGGGAAGUAACAAAUGUGAUCAUGUGGCUCACAUUACAUGCACAGAUGCAGAAAAGCAUCAUAAGCAUCAACAACAUCUGAGAGGCUUUUCAUCUGGCUGCCAGAAACAAUGCUCAAAGCAUCUGCCUCUCAGGCUGAGGGGAGGAGAUGGCGUCUGCUCUGGAAGGCUUGAGCUGUAUUAUAAUGCUACAUGGGGCACCAUUUGUAGUGAUCAGUGGGACAUCAUGGAUGCUCAAGUGGUCUGCAGACAGCUUGGCUGUGGCCAGGCUGUGAGCGCUUCUAGGAAUUCUGCCUUUGGUGUGGGUGAAAGGGUUAUCUGGCUGAACAGAGUGAACUGCAGAGGGAAUGAAAUUCAUCUGUGGGACUGUCUUUAUUCCCUGAAGAAUCAUACUGACUGUUUCCACAGACAGGAUGCUGGAGUCACCUGUGCAGAGAUAUCUAUGCCUCCUUCUGAUAUAUUCAAAACAACAACCAUCACCACCACCACCACCACAAAAGGUCAAAAAAACAGAGACACCCUCUCUAUCCCUACAGUAGCCAUGUGUGUGCUAGGAACACUGCUUUUCAUGGCCUUGGUGCUUCUUGUUGUUCAGUUUUACCAUAACAGAAUGCUCAGGAGAGUUCCCUCCAAAAGGAGACAUAACUCAGUGUCCGAGGCAGUGUAUGAAGAGAUCAAUCUCAGAUUUAUCACUACAAGACCCACUAGCUUACCUCAGAGGGAUAUGACAGAAGACUAUGAUGACGCAGUUCCCACUGGAAUAAUCCCAAAUACUAUAACAGACACACUAGAGGACUAUGAUGACGUCAUCACUGCUGGACAAGAUGUAGAAGAUGCAGAAGAUUAUGAUGACGUGGAACCGCUUCAGAAAGACUGAGAACUACCCCCAAAUGCAUUUUCUCAGGAAAUUACCUUGAGAAUUCAAUGAACUUAACAGAUACUUUCAAUUUACCAUAGCUCUCAGUUCAUAUCAUUGUAUGCUUCCUGAACAUUGCUCACUUCAACUUUAGAUAUAGUAUUUAAAAUUUUGUAACUAUGGACAAAACAACUCUAGUUUUGUUUGCCGAAAUGUCACCAAAUUUCAUUUAUAUUCUCUUUAAAUCAGAUUUAGUAAAGUCACUUGUUAAAAAUCUUCACAUGGCUACACUGAAUAAUGUUAUUUAGAAAGAAAAUUGUACACAGCUCAUUUAUGCAGCCAAUUAGCCUAUUAAAGCCUGAUUUGGUGUUUUGAUGAUGAUGAUGAUGUUGGUGCUUGCUCCAGACAUGUCGCUCCAAAAUCUCCCAUAGGUGUUCAUUUGGGUUGAGUUCUGUUUACUGUGAAGGCCAUAGCAUAUGAUUUACAUAAUUUCCAUCCUCAUCAAACCAUUCAGUGAGCCCCGUGGAUGGGGGCGGACCACUCUGAUCAGGAUAGAAAUAUUUCAUCUUACCAUCAUAAAGUAAAGGUCAGUAAGAAGAACUUUGUGCUGAUUUGUAGUGAAGAUUACCUCUAAGGGGACAAGUGGAACCAAGCCAUGGCAGAAAAAAGUGCUUCCUUACAGCAUAAUAGAGCCUUUAAUUUAUCACCCAUCUGUACUGACUGGCCUGCAGGUUUAUGUACUAAACCUCAAAUUCAAAUUGAGUAACUAAUGGAACUUGUUUAGAUAUUUUGAGAUGAAAUAACACAUCAUUCAGGUAAAAUAAGGCAAGAUGAUCUUUAUCUGUACACAAGAAGUUGAAUUGUAACACAGCAGCGUCUUGUAUAUAAUAGUAUACAGUCACCGUAUAAAAUAUAUGGGCAGACAUACAAAUGUACAUAUAAAUAUAGUAUAUAAUAAAAUAGAAAGGUUCAUGUUUGUCGAUAACGCAUGUACAAUUUUAACCACUAGAUGGAACUGUUCAACUUUUCAGAAAAUAGCUCUAUUUAUCUGACAAGGUUUUUGAUGAAUCUGUCACAAUUUUCACAUGAUGUAUUCUAGUCUGUAAUGUCUGUAAUCUUCCUCAUAUCUUCAAUUAGUGUAUGUAAACAUUUUUACUGCCUUUUACUGUCCUAAAGCAGUAGUUUAGUAAUAAAACAUCCGAAAUUCAAAUUUACACAAAAAUAGAAUGUACAAUUUUAUUUUACGUAUCUCUAAUCCCUCAUAGGUUUUAAUUGACAAGACUGACAAGGCUUCCUUUAAGUAAACAGUUUGACCAAAAGUGAAUUUUCCUCCAUUUAACCUCAAAUAUAGUACAUCAGCUGUCGUGGAAAUUAGACAACACUCGCAGACUCGUCCUCUGAAGGUAAAAAGGUUUAUUACGGAAAGAUGGUUAAUACAGGAUACAAUAAAGCAAGAUAGAAUAAUGACAGCGCUCUGAAGCCCUUGUACUAAACCACUACUAUAUAUAUGAAACGCAGAGCAUAACAUAAUUCUGUGUACCGAUAAAAAGCAGUUUGAGGCAGUUCAAACAGGCUUUGUUUUAGGAUCUUGGAAGAUGUUUAGACGAACCUUGAACAGAAGAACAUGUUUGUGUCUCUGUAAGCAGAUAAACAUUCUGUACUGAUCUCAUCUGUUAAGAAAGAAAAUUAUUCCUGCGUUCAUGAAUGUAGAUUAUAAGAUGAUCAAAUGUUUUCUUAUUAUCUACAUUGUCCUCGUUGCUGUUAAAAGACAGACUUCUGACGCCAAACACAUCUUUGUUGUUGAACUACUUUUGGCAUUUUAAGAAGCAAAAAAAAACAAACAAACACACACAUUUGGUUGAGCUGUUUCUUUACAGGAUGUCCUUUGUACAUUAAAUAUGGCCUGCUUUUGCCAGACCAUCAGGUGAUACAUGCAUAACAUGCAUAUUUCUGCUAUUCACCUAGUUACCAGUGUUAUAGAGACCUGUCACACAUCUGUCACAUGAUGUCUCUCUUUUCUAACAAAGUCCCAGAGAGCCAAGUAUACCCAAACAUAUUAAAAUCAGAAACGCUAACCAUACUUAUUAUCUGCAGUGUUUCUACAAGCUGCAAUAGCAAUCAAGGAAUCACAGAGGUGAUUGAUGCUGGUGUUUUUUGCUGUCUGGUCGCUGUGGGAACGAACAUGCACCUAUUACAUGCUUACAGAGACGGCUGCUGCCGAUGGGUGUUUCCAUAGAGACUGCAGGAGGCCAAGGACACCAUAAGCAACCCCCAUAACUCUUCACAUUGCCACAACGCCAUUCUCUUUGAUUGUUCUGCCUCCGACUCCAAGUGAAAGAAUGUUCUGAUGAUUUGGGAGAGCAAAUAUUAGACUAUUAUAUUAAUUUAAAAACAUGUAAUAAUGCAUAUCUGCAUCAUCAUAAUUAAAUAAUUAUAGUGACCUUAUAGUGGCUUGAAGAUUCAUUUUAAAUGCUGUUUUUGAG